AUGGUCGCAGUUAAGGGGAACUCCAAUACAAACAAAAUACUCAAUGAUUACGUCAGCUUCAAGCCUCCACAAAUACCAGGUUCGCAGAAGUAUGCGGCAGGUUGCAUUCUAAAGCCUGCUCCCCUAUCCAUAGUGGAUGUUAGGUCAAUGACCUGCGUGCGAGAGAGAUGGAAAAGGGAUGAAUGUAACUAUCCCAAUACUUCACAUCAACAUCCCAAUACAACAUCUUGUCUGGUGGGGCGUAGAACAAACCAAUACGAAAAUGAAAAUAAAAAUAUUCAUAUUGGUUUGUUCUACGCCCCACCAGACAAGAUGUUGCCCAGUAGGUUGGAAGCAAUAACUGCUUGCAUUGCCCAGAGGGACGGCAGGUGUGCAUUCCAACAGGUGUUAGACUGUGCAUGUACUUUUAUGUCAAAGAAUGUAAAAAGUGAUAAAAUGUCGUUUAAGUAUGUUCAUGAAAUAUUUGGCCUUGUAACAUGUUUUGAGAUAGGCAUUGAU